AUGAGUUCAUCUGAAUCGCACCUCAGCCGUGCGGCGCGCUAUGCCGUUCCGUUCGCCUUGGUCUUGAUUCCUGUUUGGAGGGCCAAGGUUAACGCCGAAGUCCCCGAGCCGUAUCUCGAUGAGGUCUUCCAUGUGCCUCAAGCUCAGGCGUACUGGGCUCACCAUUGGACUCAUUGGGAUCCGAAACUUACUACUCCCCCAGGUCUUUAUUUAUGGUCGUAUCUCCUCUGCGCCGUUCUCCUCGCUCUCCGUGGCUCUCCGACGAAGCUCGACACGGAAGCUCUGCGCACGACCAAUGUCGCAACAACAGCCGUGUUUCUCCCGUGGAGACUCCAGACACUAUCGGAUGCUGUGCAUAAUGUGCGGAACUCCCGACAAAUGGGUGCUUGGAUCAGUCAUACCGUGCUGAAUAUCUGUCUGUUUCCGCCGCUAUUUUUUUUCUCCGGGCUAUACUAUACCGAUAUCCUUGCGCUUUUGGCUGUCGUCGAGGCAUACAACUGGGAUCUCAAGCGGGUAUCUAGAAAAGGAUACACUUUCGUCUCCACAUUAGGAUUCCUUGUAUUUGGGCUUGCAGCGUUGCUUUGCCGCCAGACGAAUAUCUUUUGGGUGGCUGUUUUCCUGGGUGGACUGCAAGUUGUUCGGACAAUUCGCAGCCACUCCAAGACACUCCAGUCGUCUGAUUUACCCUCUAUUGUUGAAGGCGGUAUGCGGGGCCAUAUUCAUGACCCGUUGGUCUCGGAGGCUUCCCUGGCAGAUUACUUCAAAGCUGCCAUUUCCUUCGCGGUCUCAAGCUUGAGACAUCCAAUCACUGUUCUUGGAUUCCUCCUUCCCCAUAUAAUCAUCCUGGGAGCAUUUGGGGCAUUUGUUCUCUGGAACGACGGCGUCGUUUUGGGACAUAAAGAGUUUCAUACCGCCGGUAUUCAUUUGGCUCAAAUGCUUUACAUCUGGCCCUACUUUGUCUUCUUUUCCUGGCCGAUCCUGAUAAUCCCCGCGCUUAACAUUGUUCUUCCUCAGAGAGUUCUGCCAAAGUCUCUCAACUAUGGGUUCCCUGAACAACAGAAGAAACUGCCCAGCAUCCUUGCCUGUUUGAUAGUCUUGCCGACUAUGCUUGCGAUCGUUCAUUUCAACACGAUUGUGCACCCCUUCACUCUGGCUGAUAACCGUCAUUAUGUCUUCUAUGUCUUCCGCCUCCUGCUUGGAGUCCACCCAGCCAUCAAGUACGCCGCGGUCGUGGUCUACUUCCUGUGCGGAUGGGCAGUGAUCUCCGCCUUUGGGUUCUCAACCGUUCAGGCUCCACCUCGACUCCCUCAAGUCCCUGCCGCAAAGCCAGCUCCCGCCGUUGUGCCCACUGAGAAGGAGGUACCCGCGGAGACCAGAAAACAAAUUCGAGCUAAGGCCAAGGCUGCACCCAAGAAAGGCAAGCAGCAGCUGGAGCAGAAGCCACAGCCACCCAAACCACAGGCCAUAUCGCCAGAGGCAUUUGAACGGAUGAGGGAGACUCUUGUCCAGCGGAAAGCACGAGAGAAAGAGACGCGAGUCAGUUUUGUGCUUGUUUGGUUCGCGGCUACUGCAUUGUCUCUUGUGACAGCACCGCUUGUCGAGCCCCGCUACUUUAUCAUUCCUUGGGUGAUGUGGCGCCUCCAUCUGCCACCCUCGCCGACUCCCGCAGCACUCCGAAAGCGUUUCGCAGAUGAGGGCGAGAAAUUGCGCGCGGAUGUGGCCACCAAUCUUCCCAAGUUCCUCGAAACCGCAUGGUUUAUUCUCAUCAAUGUCGUUACUGGAUACGUCUUCCUGUACAAGGGCUUCGAAUGGCCUCAGGAGCCGGGCAAGAUUCAACGGUUCAUGUGGUGA